UCAUCUUGAUGCUAUGGCAAUAUUUCGACUCAACAAGGACCAAAGAUUGAUACUGAAGACGACUAUAGUCAGCCUACUCUUCAUCACGCUAGCCAGCUACCUCAGGGGACAUCGGAAUUUGGCCGUUGUAGGCCUCAUCGCCAACGUCUCAUUUGGUCUGUUGGGACUUGUUUCUGAAUCAGUACCUCGUGACGUUGCUAAAAACUGAAUCGUCUGGUCAAUUCUCUCACCAUGGGCCUUCGUCGAAGUAGAUCACUGCCUCUGGAGCUCAAUGAGCUGGGACGAGAAGCAGACGUCAAUGUCGAGCCGGAGAGACCUUCGACUUUCGAAUAUCUCCUGUCAUGGCUUAAAAUGGACAAAGCCACAAUAGCAACUAUACGAUCGCGGCUCCAAUUGAUCAACCAAAAGGGCCUUCGAAAGACAUAUGGUCUGUCGGGAAUAUCCAUUUUUCGAUCCAUUGUGAUGGUCCUGUUCCUAAAUCUCAUCUUUGUGACUGUAUACGAUGGAAUCAAGUCGUCUUUCCGGGAAACCCGCUUGAGACGGUUAUUAGGGACGGGGGGUUCAGAUAGGACAUGGGUCUUUAGUCAUAACGACGAGAUGCACGGAACAGAGGCAUUGACUCUGGCGUUGGGCCUAGGUGCAGGAGCGAUCGAAGCGGACGUGUGGCUAGGUCCGACGAUCCCGCUAUAUUCUGGUCAAACUGAAUGGGAUCUCUUUGUCGGUCAUCGUCAAGCCGAUACAGCAGCACAGAGGUCUCUCAAGCAAGUCUACCUUGAUCCCCUAUUGGAGAAAUUAUCUAGUCUAAAUGAUACGUGGGCACCCGAAACAUUGCUGCUGAUAGAUUUCAAACAUCAGGGCGAAGCCAUGUUCUCACACCUUGAGUCCGCUCUCCAGCCUCUCUUGGCACAAAACCUCCUUACAACCUAUGAUCCCAAGACCGCGACCUGGCAUAAAAGUCGACUCCGAGUCGUUGGCACGGGUGAAACACCUCUCUCUCGAGUCAUCCACCAAUCACCACGAUACAUCUUCUACGACGCCCCUUUGACUCGCCUUUCCGAGCCUCACACUGUCCCCGCUACGUCCUAUAGCCCAGAAACAAUCAUCGAAUUCACACCUGAGAUAUCUCCCAUCGCUUCAGACCGUCUACCCAUAUCCUAUCACCUCGGUAUAUUUUUCCCUAAAUGGAGGCCAUUGAACCCUUUCAUCGAAUUACUGCAAGCAUAUUCAAACGAAGCUAGACGAAGAGGCAUCGAACCGCGAUGGUGGGGCUUCCUUACUGAACCUAGAUUUAUAAGGAAGAAAAUGUGGCGUUUGCUCAAGGCUGGGGGAUCAAACUGGAUCUGCGCGGACGAUGUCUUAGGUGCGACAAGGUGGUUGCAAAAGUGGGAUAGGAAACAAGCGCGAAUGGCCCAAAUGGCCAAAGAUCUAGCAGAGACUGUUUAGCACGCCAGCAGGCUA